UAAAUCUAACAGUAUGAUUAUUUAAUCUCUCAAAAUUACUAGGAGCUGUCAAGAGAAAUAUGAUAAUCCUCGGGGAAGAGACCUGGCAAUGGUUAGGACCCUGGCCUUAUGUCAAAAUGCCAUCUUGCAUGCAAAUAUGAAAAGAUCUUGCAAGCUUCUCUUAUCUGAUACACAUCAUGGAGACUCCCCAAGACUUCUCUUUAUUUAUAAGAGAUGGAUUCCAACCAUUUUUAUAGUCAAAGGUGAUGAGCGUGGAUCAUUUCAGUUGAGAACUUCCCAUAGGUCUCACAGAAGUAGCAGCUCAGUGGAGAAGAGGAUGGCCAAGUUUUCCAUCGCUUUUCAAUACCUAGUUUUGGAAGGGAUCUUUGAGGAAGGUGAAGAGUCAUGUUCAUAAGUAUAGCGUUGGAUUUAGUUGUUCAAAAGUUAAGUUAGUUUUUCAUAUAUCUGCCAAAACUAACUACGUUGGAGACAAAAAUGAUGAAAUAGAAAUGGAGAUAGAGAGAGUGAUGAAAAAAGUAGAGACUUAAAUGAGUCAAAAUUCAAAAACUAAAUUGGUAAUUAAGUAAUGUUGAUAAAUUUGGCACUAUAAAUUAAUGUAUAUUUUAGAGUA